GUACGAUUUGCGGCUUGUCAUUGAAUUUAGCCUCUCGAUGCUCUCACCUUGCUAUCUCUUAUCUACAUGCGUUUCUCCCCACGUCCCUCGCUCGAGGGCUUCCUACAGAGCUUCGUUAUCAAGCAUACAUAAUCUCUGACGAUUCUGCGUUAUCUCCUUGGCAAUCGGUGACAAGCUUCGCAACAAGCUUCGCGCCAAGUACAAAUCCAGCAAGGAGUCCUCUUGAAUUCACGAUUCACCACUUCACUGCGUCCUGUGCGACCUGACCCUUAUCUCAGCCAGUCUGGAGCCCAGAGACAGCAGACACCAUGGAGUCAGAAACAGAGAAGAAGAUGACUCCGUCCGUAUCUCCCGAUGUCGAAGCAGUGCACAACUCGCCCAUCGAUGAAGACGCCUUGAAGCUGGCGGAGAUGGGCUAUACACAAGACAUGAACAGGAACUUUAGCGUGCUGUCGGUUCUCGGCGUUGGCUUCUCCUUGACGAAUUCGUGGUUUGGCAUCUCGGCCGCUCUCAUCACCGGCAUCAACUCUGGAGGUCCGCUGCUCGUCAUCUACGGCAUCAUCCUGCUGGCUUUGGUCUCGACGUGCGUUGGUAUCAGUCUGAGCGAGUUGGCGAGCGCGCUGCCAAACGCGGGUGGACAGUACUUCUGGGCCAACGAGCUAGCUCCCAAGAGGUUCACGAGAAUUGCGAGCUAUUUGACAGGAUGGCUGGCUUGGUGGGGGUCGAUGUUCACCAGCGCGUCCGUAGCACUGUCGGUGGGGGGUGCAAUUGUGGGAUGCUAUCAGCUCAGCCACCCUGAAUUUGUGAUCAAACGGUGGCACGUCUUUCUCACCUAUCAACUCAUGAACAUCUUCUGCUCCCUGUUCAACUGCUAUGGCAAAACACUGCCUACAGUCGCUCAGGUCUCGCUCUGGACGUCGUUGGUGUCGUUUGCCAUCAUUCUGAUUACUGUACCGGCCGUUGCUCCAACGCAUCAGCAUGCUCGAUUCGUCUUCGCAACCUUCAUCAACAACACCGGCUGGCAGCAGGGCGGUAUAGCCUUCAUCGUCGGCCUGGUGAACACGAACUGGAGCUUUGCCUGUCUCGACUGCGCCACCCAUCUCGCUGAGGAGGUCCAUAGGCCUGAGAAGAUGGUCCCAAUCGCCAUCAUGGGCACUGUCGGUAUCGGGUUCGUUACUAGUUGGUUUUAUUCCAUGGCCAUCUUCUUUUCCAUCGUGGGAGACUUCUCCGAGAUUGCGGCGUCGGCAUCGGGAGUUCCGAUCCUCGAGGUGUUCUUCCAAGCGCUGAACCACAGGGCUGGGGCGAUUGUCCUUGAGGCGCUCAUCAUUGCGACCGGAAUGGGCUGCUUGAUCGCAAGCCAUACCUGGCAGAGUCGGCUCUGCUGGUCCUUUGCACGGGAUCGAGGAAUGCCUGCUCAUCAGUGGCUCUCCAAAGUGCACAAGGGGUUUGAUGUUCCGCUCAAUGCGCACUUUACUAGUUGUGUCAUCGUGGCCAUCAUGGGCUGCUUGUAUCUGGCCUCGCUGACAGCAUUCAACUCCAUGAUCACAGCCUGCAUCGUUCUCCUGUACCUGAGCUACUCGAUACCCAUCGUGUGCCUGCUCAUUCGCGGUCGAUCGAGCAUCAAGCCGGGGCCGUUCUGGCUGGGUAAUGUCGGCCUGUUUGCCAACUACGUGCUGCUCGCCUGGACUGGCUUCACGCUGAUCAUGUACUCAUUCCCCUACUCAAAGCCAGUACAAGCCGGCAAUAUGAAUUAUGUGUGCGUUGUCUACGCCGUUAUUGCGUUCCUCACGACCAUGGACUGGGUGUUUAGAGGCCGCAAGAGCUUCCGAGGUGCGGGCGAGCGCAAGGCUGACGUGAAUGCGCAUGGGCAGAGGAUUGUGGAUGUGCCCCGGCCUGCGUAGCCAGGGGAGUUGUGAUCAUUGGGUGCUUGUACAUGCUAGGAUUGGGAUAUAGAGUGCUUCAAGGUCAACUUACGUACCACACUCAACCGCUCUGCGUACCAUUGGUCAAGGCCAUGUCUGCCGAUACGCCUCCAAAAAUAACCAGCACUCGUGUACAUGGC